GCACCUUCUAUUGCCUUUUGCGAGAGCAAUAUGGGUUUGUGUGUAUUGUUGUUCUUGUUGCUCGUAUACCAAGUCCCCUUUGUCGUUUUCUUUACCUUUUUUGCGCAUUUUGAACAAGUCACAAGCUCCGAGGAUUGUCUCUCUUCUUUAAACCUGCUUCUUUGUGCGAUGAUGGAAUCGUACUUUCUUUCUGUAAUAUCAUCAACCAUGUACUGUACCUGCAUGAUAUGCGUUCCCCAUCUUCAUUGGCUCUUCCACGGCUUAUUUUCUACAAACUCCUCAAUGAUCCUUUGCUGCAUGUCGAAAAUACCCAAAGUGAAUUCUGGUUGUACGCAUCAACAUCUUGUGAGUAUUUCCACGACGCCGGGGAUUAUCCAUUAUCCGUGUUGUCGCCCAUAAAAGUGGAAAACAAAGGUUUCGAUAUGGAAAAAGCCGACAAAAAACCAGUUACACAGUCGUCAUCUAGUCUCCUUUGGCUUUUCCUAAUGAACCCUUGAAUAAGAAAUGCACUAUACAAAUCAAAUCCACAUGAG